CCGCCAAAGGUCUUCUCUCUCUCUUACAUUCUCAUUUUCGUAUCAUGUUGGCUAAACUUGCAUCUGCAAUCCAGAUCCUUAUAUAAGACAUGAAAAAGUGCAGAACCCAUAUCCAACUCUAGUCACCCCGAGCCUCUUCAUGUGUCGUUUUGGGUCCUAAAAGAUGGAGUUUUUCCAUGCUCAACAUCCUCACCCGAAGCCAAAACAGAAGCAGCAACAGCCCUCCUUGUCGCCGUCCAAACAGGUCAGGACAAAGAGGCUCGCUCCCGACCAAGUGAGGCUCCUGGAUCGGAGCUUCGCCUCCCACAAGAAGCUUGACCCGGACCGCAAGCUCCAGCUCGCGGCCGAGCUAGGCAUCCCGCCUCGGCAGGUCGCCAUCUGGUACCAGAACCGGCGCGCCCGAUGGCGGACACAGACCCUCGAGCUCGACUGUGGCGCCCUCAAGCUCGAGCUCGAGGACGUGCUGGCUGAGAGGCGGAAGCUCGAGCAGGAGGUCGCGUCGCUCCGCCAGGAGCUCGAGAGGGCUUGGGAGAUGCUCGACACCGCUUGUGGCAAAGGCCAGAACCACAGAGAGGGCAGCAACGGCGCCGCUCCCGAGGUUCCGAUGAGCCGUCUGUGCAAUGAGGGCGAGGUGAAUUGGUGCCAAUGGGACGAUGGCAAUAAGGUCUUGCCAAUGGAGGAUGGCGACGACGACGAUCUCUAUGCCUGUUGGAUGUUGACUAAUGGCGGGUCGCGCCUGGAUUGAGGGGAGAGAGAUGGAUUGUCCAAGUUGAUCAUAACGUAAUUAAUGUCGGACCAUAUUCACCAAUGUUCUCUUGAUGAAAUUAUCUUCUAUCGGAAAGAAAGGUUGUUUUCAUGUAUGACUUUGCCAAAUCUUCUCGUGACAGGUUUUUCGCAUACUUGGAAAUUUAGUCAUUGGAAAUAUAGUCAUUGUCAUUUUCAAUUUCA